AUGAUUACCCUGGCAUGCCGAGUCGAUUGCCACUCGGAGCAGGAGGCGCCCCGCAAGCGCAAGUCGCUGGAGCAGCGCCGCGCGGUGGUCUUGGAGAAGCCGGAGAAGCGCGCCGCCGCCCUGCUGCAGCAGCUCAACGCGAUUCGCAACGACAAGGCCGAGAAGCGGCGCGAGCAGGCCGCGCGCAAGCGGGUCGUGCGGGACAAGGCGCAGGCGAAGGAGAACGAGUGGCGGGACAAGCUGAAGAAGGAGCGGCUCAAGGAGCAGUACAGGGAGCAGGGCAAGGCGGCCAAGAGGGCGGCAAUGGCGGCAGAGGGAGGGCCGUCGGCCAAGAGGCGGCGCAAGUGA